UUCGCGCAGAGAGGUUGGUAGGCGACGUGCAGUUGAGAAACCCCGCCAACGCUAUGUAGCUCCCCCACGACACAAACCCAAGUUACUUUCAAUCAAGUGUGAAACACUUGUCAUGGAUGUUAGAAACUUGGGUCCCUGGCUUUAAGGAAUCGGCUCACGAGUUCCACUCGUGGCGGCGCGACCAUGUUUCCGACGGGCUCUGGCACGGGUGCUCUGGUCGCCGCGCAGAUUAAGCCGUUUCGGGGAGCCAUAGCGACGUUCGCGCUCGUCCUCGUCUUCUGGAGCGCCUCGUUCGCCUCGCAGAGAGACGCGCUCCGCCAGGGAUUGCGCCCCAGUCUCGCCCAUAAGGCCCAAUCCCAUGAGGUAGCCAACCCUCCCCUGACCGCCGUGUGUUUGGUGGGAGGCGCACGGGACUUCGAGGCGUCAGGCCCGUCCAUUCUGCACCACCUGCUGCCGGCAUACCGCCCGCUGCACCUCUUCCUGCUCGCCCCGCUAGAUGACAAAACCAGCAAGCUGUGGGCGCUGCUGCACGCCGCUGCUGACGUGGAUGGUGGUGAUUGGAGCAGUGGAGGGAGUGGGGCAGGAGGGGGGGGUGGAGCAGGGGCAGGGGGGGUUAAGGGGUUGACAAUAGGGGGGGUGCGCAUCGUGCCGAACACAGAUGUGACUGAAACGAGGAUGAGCCAUGCCUUGCUCACCAAGAGUGGGUCGCCGCAUGGCGUGCAGGGCCUCCUGCAGUACUUCCGCCUGGUGGAGGGCUGUGUCGACCUCAUUGCAGCGCAUGAGCAGGCCCACAGCGUCACCUUCCACUGGGUGCUGCGCUCACGGGUCGACGCCUUCUGGACCGCCCCUCCCCCGCCCCUUUGGACCCUCGACCCUGGCAGCUACAGCGUGCCGUACGGGUGGGGAUGGGGGGGGGUGAACGACCGGUUCGGCAUCGGGGGCAGGGAGGUCAGCGAGGUGGCUCUGAGGAGACUGUCCGUGCUGCCAGCGCUCUUCCAAGCCGGGAAAAGGCUGCUCAACUCCGAGGGUGCCUUUGAGGCGCAGCUGCAGCUGCGGAAUGUGACAGUGAAGCCGCUCUCCCUGCCCUUCUGUGUGCUCACUCGGAGGGGCUACGGGGCGCCCAGACCCAACGCCGCACCUACUGCCAGCAGCAGCAGCAGCAGCAGCAGCAGCGGGGGCGGCAACAGUGGCGCCAGUGCUGCCGAUGGGAAUGGUGCUACCUCCGGUGCCGAUACUGGUGAUAGUACUGCGAACCCCACCUCCGCCCCCUCCGUGUGCUCGCCUCUGCUCGUGUCUCUCUCUUCUGCCACCCGCACUGCUGCCAACGGCGCCAAGUGCUGCCCCUGCCAGCCGUGUGCUCAAGGCGAGGAGGCCAUAUCUCUCAUCCACGCCUACAACGAGACCUCCCCCUACCGUGUGUGGCUGGGCCACCCCCCGGCAGGCGUGCAGCUGUGCCCGGCGCACUGCCCCUGGGGGGGGCAGGGCGAGUGGGAGAGGCGGUGGGGGGAGGUGGUGGGGGAGGGGAUGGAGCGGCAGAGGAGGGAGAUAGUCGCAGUGGCGGGGAGAGUGGAGGAAUGUGUGAAGGCGUGGGAAGAGUUCCAGCAAGCCAGCUCAGCAUGGCAGGCACCUUCUGCCCUGGCGGUGUGCCUGAGGUCGCACCUGGGGGAGGUGCAACUGCUGGGGGGGCACGGGGGCAACUUCAACACACUCAUUGGUCUGCUUGAUGAAAGGAGCACCGUCAUCACCAUUGGCACCAACAAAUCCGACACCACAUGGGAGGCCUCCUUGGGCGAUCACGUGCCAGGAAUCCACGUCAGCAAUCAGGCAGCGGAUUGGCUGAACGCUGGAAGCGGACAAGGCUCGCCGACCACUCUUAUUGACGCACUCAAGGUGGACAUAGGUGCAUUGGAGCAAGGCGACGGCACGUCAUGGGCCAGCAGCCUGGCUGGACUAGCAGUGUGCCAGCUGCUGGUGAGGAUAGCUGGCACGGAGGCAGCAGCAUGGCAGCAGCUGCAGCAAGCAGUGCAGCCACACGGCUUCCAGCUUGACUCAUGCAAGAUGGGGCUGCUUGUAGAGAGCUGGAGGUGUACCUUUUUUUCACUCAAACAUUGUAACAUCAAAGAGGGGAAUGCAUUUGAGCAUGCUUAGGUGCUGGUGUUGUUGUAAUCUAGCCUGUUAAAAUUAUAUUUUAUAUAAGUUUAGGCUUGGUAGUUAUGCUACUAACUGCAUCCUACUGUAGGGGGGACAACCCCCUUCUUGUACUUCAUUCUCUUCUAGUCUACGCCUCUUCUCUCUC